AUGGCUGACGAUAUGAUGAUGACCUUUGACGACAACAAUGAGGAGGCAAUGGCUGUCACUCCGUUUUCCCAUCCAAUCCCCAACGAGGGACAUGAUUCAUUCACCACUUUCAAGACAUCUUCUGAUGAUCUCGAACUGGACGAAGCCUCCAUGACCGCCACGCCCACCACUUCGGAAGACUGGUCCGAAGAAUAUCCUUCGGACGAAGACGAAGACGACAAUGACAACCAAAAGGUCAAUGGGACCGGUCUCAUCUUGUACGUGACUCCCACGGCAACAAAGGCUGCCUACUGGAAGCGCCGUUUGGGAUGGAAACCCAACAUGGCAAAAACCACAACCAAGAAGAUCAAGAACAUCUUUCGAGCACCUGUCCGCAAUCACAUUCGCAAGGGAAGUUACGAGUUGAAUGGUGCCGAUGCACUGGCUGUCAAUCCCAAGCAACAGCAGCAGCAGCAGCAGCAGGCCAACAAAAAGCCCACUGCUGUUGGUAGAUCCAAAAAGGACCGCAAGUGGGUAUCCGACGAAUCGCUUUCAUUGGAAUUCGAAACCAAGGACUUUGAAAAGUUGGGUGCUGUCAAUCACGAGCUCGUGUUUGCAUAA